CUCUUUUGAAUUCUACUAUAAAUAGUCCACAACAGAUGAGUUCAAUUUCUCAUUCGACAGCAAAGCUUGAAAGAUUUUUGCCUCUUGAUUCUUGAAGAAUCGUUUGAUUGAUUUUUCUGCUGUAAUGGCGAGCACCGUCGGCGCUCCGAUCAUCUGCAAUGCGGCGGUUGCGUGGGAGGCGGGUAAGCCGCUGGUGAUCGAGAAAGUGGAGGUGGCGCCGCCUAAAGCGAUGGAGGUUAGGGUUAAGAUCAAGUACACUUCGCUUUGCCACACCGAUCUCUACUUCUGGGAGGCUAAGGACCAGACUCCCUUAUUUCCUCGCAUUUUCGGCCACGAAGCCGCAGGGAUUGUUGAGAGUGUUGGUGAGGGUGUUACUGAACUCAAGGAAGGAGACCAUGUUCUUCCUGUCUUCACAGGAGAAUGUAAGGAAUGUGUGCAUUGUAAAUCAGAAGAGAGCAAUAUGUGUGAUUUGUUGAGGAUUAAUACUGAUCGAGGUGUAAUGUUAAGUGAUGGAAGAUCAAGAUUUACUGCAAAAGGCACCCCUAUCAACCACUUUCUUGGAACUUCUACCUUCAGUGAAUACACAGUAGUUCAUGUUGGCUCUCUUGCCAAGCUUGAUCCAUCUGCUCCUCUAGACAAAGUAUGUAUCCUCAGUUGUGGUAUUUCCACAGGGUUGGGGGCAACGCUCAACGUUGCAAAGCCAAAAAAGGGAUCCACUGUAGCCAUUUUUGGUCUGGGAGCCGUUGGUCUUGGGGCAGCAGAAGGUGCAAGAAUUGCUGGAGCAUCACGAAUUAUUGGUAUUGACUUCAACCCAAACCGAUUUGAGGGAGCAAGAAAGUUUGGUAUAAAUGAGUUUCUGAAUCCUAAGGAUUAUGAUAAGCCAAUUCAAGAGGUCAUUGCAGAAAAGACUAAUGGUGGAGUCGACCGAAGCGUCGAAUGCACUGGAAAUGUUGAAGCCAUGAUUUCUGCAUUUGAAUGCGUCCAUGAUGGCUGGGGAGUUGCUGUGCUGGUUGGAGUACCAAGCAAGGAUGCCAAGUUCAUCACAAAGCCUAUAAAUUUAUUGAAUGAGAGGACUCUGAAAGGAACAUUUUUUGGCAACUACAAGCCUAGGAGUGACCUCCCUUCUGUUGUUGAUAUGUACAUGAGGAAGGAAUUGGAACUGGAGAAAUUUAUCACCCACAGAGUAACUUUUUCGGAAAUCAACAAAGCAUUUGAUUUGAUGGUGAAAGGUGAAGGACUGCGUUGCAUCAUUAGUAUGGAUCAUUAGAAGAGGUGCUGCAUAUUUCUCGCUGUUUUCAUGUUUUUGGAAAUAAUUAGGGAGGUUUUAAGCUUUCCUAUUGAUAUACUCCCCCAUGACAUAUUGUAAUAAUGUGUCUUCUACUACCAUACUAUUAGCAAGUAAAAUUGUUUUGUUUUUCAAGCA